AUGUCCCUGGGAGGGCAGAUAAGCUGGAGGAAGAAGCAGGGUAGCUGGAAGGACGAGGAACAGGUGGAGCCUCCCUCACCUACAAAGGAGCCAGAGGGAGGACCGGCCUGCUGGAGGCCCUGCAGGCUGAGAGGGACUCGCAGAGGGUCCCAGCACAGAGCCGCACUCACCAUGCCGCUCCGCCUCGCACUGCUUCUCCUGACGGGGCUGUCUGCCCGCACUGCGGCAGCUAACAAGAAACUGGCACCCGGUGGCACUGAAGCAGGGUCUUUGGUAACCGUGACCCUGGAGGAAGGUGUUGUCCCCAGCAUUCAGCUCCAGCUUCAGGAGGUAAAGAGGGACAAAGCCAGCCAGUUCUUUCCACUGAUGGGGAAGCAGGCGGGAGGAAUACCUCCUAUCCAACCAAAGAGAAAACUGGGCAGAGGAUGAGGACCAGGGGCCAGAGUGAGAGCCCCCAUCCCAUGCUUCCCAGAGGAUGAAAACCCUUCUCCAUACCUGGACGCUACAGCUGACCAGCCGGCCAGGCCAGCUCUCUUCUCUGUGUGUCUGUCCUGUGCUCAACACCGGCAUGUCCCACGAGGCUCGCAGUGAACACCGUGGGGCUCCUUCCAGGACUCUCGGGCUCAGGAAGCGGUCGUGCAUAAAUGGGCACUGUUGUCAGUCUCAUGCUGGAGUCACCUUGUCCUCCCUCAGACUCUUAUUUCAUUGCGUAGCAGGAUGAGUCUGCCCCCACCCCCCCUUCUCUAUCUCCUGUGCCCAGAACAUAGUAGGGGCUCAAUAAAUGAAUGAACAGUGAUGGCUUCUUCUCUAGUACAGGGCAGAAGGCAGAAGUGGCCUGGGCUCUGCACCAUGCCCAGCAGUCUGUCACAUCAGCAGGCCAGGAGGCCUUCCCCAGAAUUGCGAAGGGCAAUACUAACAGCCUGGUCCCCACCCUUGAACGGGAAAACAGGUUUGCCACACAAGUAAGGGCAACAGCCCCAGCCUGAACGCAGACACACUCUCCCGACUCAGUCAUGAUCUCAAGGACCCAAAUCCAUGUGUCUUCUGAGUUAGAGAACUGGAUCCCCGGUCCUUCAUCCAUUCUCUUGUCUCUACAAGGUAACUGCUGGGCUAUGGGGACACAGGCACUCAGUCAUUCCCUGGGCAUUCAAACGAGCUCCAGAGGAGUGAAACACUCCCCCGCUCAGGGAGCCCCAGUCUGAUGGGGAGACCAUUGUCCCUGCCCAGUGGUUUAUAGGCAGGUGAGACACAGAGGACCCCAGGAUGCUUAGAAAGGGGCCUAUCAACCAAAGUAAGCUCCUAGAGGGCACACUUAGGUAAUAAACAUCAAGGUGUUGAAUGAGUUGGGAGCUCUGUGGGUUCAGCAGUAAAGGAGGUUCAUCAAUUCACUAGGCUACAUAACAUUGACCAUCUCUGUGUCCCUCUCCAAAAAGAAGGAACUGGGUGAUGUUUUAGGGGAUCUGAUUCUUGGGGGGACAGGGUGGCACUAAGCUAUCUAAAAGGAAGGGAAGAUGAGCCCUGGCCGGUGUGGCUCAGUUGGUUGAUUAGGUAGGUUAAGUUCCAAAAGUCUGCCCCCACCCACCCCCACACCCAACCCCAGCAUUCUGGUCUCUCAAGAGGCUCCUUCCAGGGCACAUGCCCUGGUUGCAGGCUCAAUCCCCAGUAGGGGGUGU